AUGGCCGACAUUUUUAAAUAUUUAUUGUUAUCAGUUUUAACAGAGAAUUGUUACACUGAAUACUUUGAGAAAUAUAACUUUCUUGACGUUCCCUGUUUUACCUCUACGUUAAGUAAAGGUCUUGGCAUCGGCAUAAUAGCUGGUUCCAUUCUGGUGAAAGUACCUCAAAUAUUGAAAAUAUUAAAAAACAACAGUGGAGAAGGAAUUAAUGUAUAUGGAGUGUAUUUGGAGUUGUUUGCUAUAACAGCAAACUUUGCAUACAGCUAUGUCAUGGGAUUUCCAUUCAGUGCAUGGGGAGAAGGCACAUUUCUUGCGAUACAAACUGCAGUAAUAGCAGCUCUCGUCCUGCAUUAUGGAGGCAGCACAGGGAGUGCGACAGUAUUCUUAGCGAUCUACGUCGGACUAGUAUCUGUGUUAGUGAGCAAACUCACACCUGUUGAUGUGCUAUGGUCAAUGCAAGCUGUGAACGUGCCUAUUAUUGUUAUUGCAAAGUCAAUUCAAGUUAUUACAAACUACAGGAAUGGCAGUACAGGACAAUUAUCAGCAGUGACUUUAUUGUUGCUCUUUGGAGGCAGCAUAGCUAGAAUAUUUACAUCAUUGGUAGAAACGGGUGAUUUCAUUAUAAUUUUGACAUACUGUGUGUCCACUGUGGCUAAUGGUGCAAUUGUUGCUCAGUUAUUCUGGUACUGGAAUGCCGAUAGUGUCAAAAAGACAAACAAGAAAAAAAAGAAGUAG